AGAAAUCCCAUUUCGGUGCAGGACUUGAACGGGACUCUCACUGCCGUCUGAAACAGCACAGACGCCCCGGCGGUGCAGAGUCUGUCCGGGCUCAGAGGAUACGGGCUUUUCAUUUACACCUUCAACACGAAACACUUUCGUUACACAGUCUGCACGCGCUUCCGUCGUUGCCCUCCUCCUCCGCGUGCUUUCAGUUCAGUCUCACCUGCUGACACCGACGGCAGCCACUGACACUGACCUGUCAUGUCUCCUGGGAGGGAUUGAGUCAAACCAGGUGAAGAUAAAAGCAAAAAAAAAAAAAAAAAAAAAAAAGAGGGGAAGAUAACGUCUCUCACAGCAAACAGUCAGUGAGCUUAAAGUUACUUUGUGUUUUGAACGUGGAGGCGCUUUAAAAGUUGGCUGAAGUGACGUUUCGAUAGAGUUCGCGUUUCCCCUUCUUUCACUUUUCCACUCUGGUAUGAAUUGGAGGAUCCACACUCGUCGUUUAGGUUGGAGCACGUAUUCCAGCCUUUAGAAAUGCCCCAACAUAACAUGGAGAGCACCAGGAGCCAGUGGCAGCAGGGGCUGCGGCCGCCAUGGAUCACCAGAGUGGCUGGAGGUCAAAGCCCUGCAUCCUCAGGGGCGGAGUCAGACACAGAGAGUAGCAGCACUGAGAGUGAGAAGUCCUGCAUUAAAAAGCUGGAGGUGGGCUCACCGAGGGUCCUGCCGUCGCCCUCAAUGCUCCAGCGGCGAAUCACAGAAAUCGACCAACAGAAAGAAGAACUAAAGAUUGAGCUGCAGCUGGAGAUCGCUCUGCUGCAGGGUGAGCUGCAGACGGAGAAGAAGCAGCUGCACAGACACACACAGAAGCUGCAGGCUCUACAGCAAGAGGCCAGACGGACAGAGAAGCACAAACACACCGACAGACAAAAGGAGCGAGAGAGUCUGGAGGAGGAGAGACGCAGGGUGGAUUCACUGAAGAGGAGGUGUGAGGAGAAGGAGAAACUGAUCCCCGGUCAGCCUGAGAGCCAGAGAGAACAGCUAACACUGCAGCUGCAGCAGGAAAAAGAGGCGAUGGAAGCGGCAGUGCGGGCCUUUGAGGACUGGGAGUUUCGUGUUCUGGAGCAAGAGAGCGGCAUUGAUGAGGAAGAGAAGGAGGGAGAUAGUGAAGGGGAGAUGGAGAAGGAAAUCUCAUGUCAGCAACAUGUGGUCAACGCGGCACAGGAGCGGGUCCAGCAGUUGGAGAGACAGCUGAAGGAGAUGGAGCGGGAGAAGGAGAGGGAGCUGAACGCUUUGAGGAAAGAGAAGAGAGAACUCGUCCACACAAAUCAAAAGGUUCUCAAAGAGAAGAAGCCGCUCACCGAUUGGUCGAACAUCACCGGCUCAGCCCCCUGCAUGAUGUCACUUUCUCCUCUGACCGUACACAAGCCUCCUCAGGAACCAUGCAAAGAAUCUGUCAGUUUGCCCAGAAGACGGAGUUCGCAUCGCAACAACAAACUCAACGACAGGCCGCUCUCAGCACAGGGGUUGGUGAGGACGAUUCCAGACAGCCAGAGCCCAAAGGCUUUCACUUCCCCCAUCCCCUCCCAUAGGCUCAGCAAUGGGCACAGCAGCGGGCACAGCAGCGGGCACAGACCUGGGACCAGCAACGGCGGUGCACUCUUUACUCCUUGCAACAGUGCAACAAGCUCUCGCGCUGCCAGCCCGUCUCUGUUGGAUCUCGUGGAGAUCGAGAAGAAACUGAGGGAAGCCAAGGCAGAGAGAGAGAAACUGCUCAGAGAGAGGGAAGAGCGACGACAGUUGUUGUUGGAGGAGAGAAGACAGAGAGAGCUAAACUCUCCUAAAAUAGAACCACCGCAGCCCGAGACCCCACAAAGACCAGAGCCAGAACCAAAGGAGCAACCAAUUGCCCGUUCUCCCCCAAACUCCCCAGAGCAGCGCAGUCUACCCCUCUUCCUUUCUCCCAACUUUGACCUCCGGGCCCAUUUGGAGUCUCUGGGUCACGGGGUGGCCGGCUGCACCGACCUGCGGCUGACACCUCGACGCUGUGCGGGCUUCCUGACAAAGCGAGGGGGGCGGGUGAAAACCUGGAAGAAGAGAUGGUUCCUGUUUGACAUGGACCACAGACGACUAGCCUACUAUACAGACUGUGAUGAGAGGAAGCUAAAGGGAGUCAUCUACUUCCAGGCCAUAGAAGAAGUUUAUUAUGACCAUCUAAGAACAGCCACUUCUUCUCCGCGGCCCAGUCUGACGUUCUGUGUGAAGACGUACGACCGUCUUUUCUUUCUGGUGGCUUCCAAUGCAGUUUCCAUGCGGAUUUGGAUGGACGUCAUUGUCACGGCAACAGAUGAGCACAGCCGUUAUUGACCUCUUGCAUAUGUAGACUGUAAAAUCCUUGAAUGAAGCUACUGAGCGGACAAUACCUUUUAGUCAUUUUCCCCCUGUCUGAGGGGGCUGGUUUGACUGAGAUCCACCUCAGGUUUCUGUACCUGGACUCAGGAAUCUGUGGAUAAAGCACAUGGGACGUGAAGGGUCUGUGGUUCCAGGUGCCGAACAGAUGUGCUUUAACGCAGCGGAGGAAACUGUUACUGAAAGAGUGAUCCUUCAGUGGUGACAGAGGUUCACCACUGAACCAGCUGCAAACCACUAGCAGCCUAACACACCAGCCUGCUGACUGGGUGUCUGUUACUGGGAGAUUUUCACUCUUUGAGCCUGCCCUCCCCCUGCUGGCCACUGUCCAGAAUUACAGGACUGGGGUACACUACACUACAACAGUCGGUGGACACAAUAGUAGCAACGCUUGUACUAUAUAAUGUAAUCCAAUAUUACAACCCAGCAAUAAGAGAAAUCAUUUUUUUUGUGCUGUAUUAUGUCUUGGAUUUCUUUAUACUGUCAAGUGUUUCUACUAAUAUGUCCAUAUCCUGCAUCUUUGUUUUAAAUGUUUUAAAUUACAUUUUCAUGAAUUAAGUUAUUUGGACAUUUAUAUGGGUUUUCAUAUGCAAAUAAAUGAAGACAUACACUGUUAUGAAUGCACUAUUAAAUGUUUAUUCAUAAAAA